AUGGUCACUAGCCGAGCGGAAGAGGAAAUAGCCCCCAACAUGACAGCGGGAACUGCUACCAAUUUUCUCAGACAGACGGCGCUGGUUUUAGAAGAGCGAUCGAGGUCGUUGGCAACCAAGAACGCGCGCCUUAGGGAUCAUUUUGACGCUUCCUUGGUAGAGAUAGAGGCCGCAAUAACGUCCAACAAGACGGUUCGAGCCGAAACGGAUGCAGCGGUUACCAACCCGGAUACCUCCCGCGAGUCGCUCGGAAAUACGUACCAGGUGACCGCCGCGGAAGUCAGGGCCGCCGCGCUCGCUGCUAAAGCCAGGGCCGGAAGACGUGCGAGCACGGCGAGCCUCGGCGCGGGCCAGGCGGCCGCGGCGGUGGGAGGUCAGGAGAUCCGAAGAGCGGCGGGGGCCUUAGCGCUACUGAAACAAGAUGCGCAGGAGGAACCACCGGAGGCCGACCAGCGGCAGCUGGCGGAAGAGAGGGACGCUUGGGCAGUAUGGUCCGGAGAGUGGGGGGGCGAGGCUGGGAGCUUCGUCAGUGAUUUUGAAGUAUCCGGCGUACAGGAGGGUCUUGUUGCAGAUCGAUGGAAGGCAAGCGAGGAGGCGGCGGUGGUGGUCAGAGGCAGAGAGGCGGAGCUGAGGAAUGGGCUUGGUGUAGCACAGGCAGCAAUACUCGCUCUCCGAUCGGCAACUGGGGAGACAGCCAGGUGCUCCGAGGCUGCGCUAGACGACAUGCGGGAUGCUCUCGCCACGGCACAGUCAGAAAUCGGCAAAAUGAAGAGAGACAGGGACGCCGCCUUGCAGUCUCUACUUGAGGUCGCGCACAUUAGGAGGACACCGGGGCGGCUCCUCCGGCACCAGCCGGCUACUAGCGAAGGUAAGGAGCAAGAGGAGGACGGUUGCAGCAGCUAUGCCGGCGGUGCAGGGAGCGGCAGCGGUCGUGGUGAUGACAUCCGCGAGUCCUUCUCGCGGUGGGAUUCGUAUCCGGAGCAUUCCGCAGCGCGGCCGGACAACGAGGAGUCGCAGGCGAGGGGGCUAACACGGCUUACGGGCGACGAGGAGGAGGAGGAGGAGGGUAGGGUCACCUUCGGCGACAGCAGUAACUGCGUACGAACGCCAGUGGCGGCCGCUCUCAAGGUUUUCGAAGGGAUUCGCAGACUGCCAGGCACCGCCGAGCCGGCAGCAGCCGUGGGGACGACGAGAGACGACGAUCAAGCAGAGGCCGGGGGUGUUGAUGACUACCACACCAACACCGGCGGUGGCGAAAGCAGCGGCGAGCACGUCUGCGGCGUGUGUGGCACAUCCGCUCCAUCUUUUCGCAAGCUUUUCGACUGUCGCCUGAGCUUGCGCCGAGCGCAGGCAGAAGCGGCGGAGGCACGAGCGUGGGCUCUGGAGUUGGAGGAGAGAACAACGACGGCCGUGGAGGACCUCGUGGAAGAAAAUCUGGCAGAGACAGUCCGAAAGCUGGAAUCGACGUUUGACGUGACACGGGAGGGGCUCGAGAGGCGCCUGACUGCGGCAGAAGCGCGAGGGCAGGAGAUGGGAGAGAAGACAGCUGUCGCCCAACGAGAGGUUGCGGAGCUCGUGGAGGCGGCUGCGACACGGGAGGGAGAGAUCGCUGUCCUGCGGACGCGACUUCGGGCCGCCGAGGAGGACGUCGGUUCCGCGCGGCGCGAGGCCCUGCUAGAGGGGAGCGCCAGGUCUCUUGCAGAGACGGAGGCUGCGGGCAGGAAGGCCGCGCAGGCGUGGGCAGGCGCCGUGGCCUUGAAAAAUAAGUGUCGUCAGCAGGAACAAACCAUUGCAGGCCUAGCCUUGUCGCGAGGAGAAGAGGCGGACGCUUGUCGAGCGGCCCGCGACGAGCUCGAGAAGGAACGGUCGUCCCGUGUCGAAUCGGAGGGACACGUGCGUGAGCUCCAAGGCGAAGUGAGUCGUCUGGCAUCCCUGCUGGGAGCCGCCAAUGACGAAAUCGAACGGCAACGGAACAUAUCACGGGAUAACGAAAUCGGCGAUCAUCGGCGUGGUCAAUCGGGGAGAGGUGGCGGCGAAGCCGGCGGCGAGGCUCUCGACAGAAGCGCUUCGACUCAAGGGGUUGACGACACCGAUGUCUGUCGUUACGACGGUGACGAGACCCCGACGAGAAGGGAAAACCAGACUCGCCAUCACCACACGAUGAGCGGUCGAAUAGAACACGGGAUCACCCCCGAGUCGUGGAGGGGCUCCUGCGACAACGACAAGCACGUUGCCCAACGCCGGCAGUGUGAUCGCGUCGCCUCCACCUGCAGCACCCCCGUCGCCUCCUUCACCGAUAGGGUGGGGACACGGGAGGCCAAGGAGCGAGAGAGGGCGCGCAAGACCCUGCUCGCGCUAGAAGAGUCCCUACGAGCGGGCCGGGAAGAGGUCAGGCACCACAAGCGGCGGGCGGAGAGGCUGCGCGCGGCGCUGCGGGAGGCUCAAGAGCGGGGCGAGGAGGCCGAGGCGGCCGGCAGCUCGGCCCGCGUCGCGGCGGAGGCGGCGGGCGCGGCCGCCGGUCUGGCGAGAGAGGAAACGGACGCGGCCACCGCGGGUAAGCGCAAGGCCGAGGAGGACACCGCCUCGGCUGCGCGGCGGCACCGCGAGGAGGUCGAGGCGAUCGAGGCGGAGGUUCUGCGGGCUACGGCGGCGGCGCUUGGGGCGAGGGAGCAGUGCUCGGUGGCGCAGAGAGAGGCGUCGGGGCUGCGAGAGACGGUCAGAGAGUUGGAUCGACGCGUGAUUCUCCUUGAGCAGCAGCUGGGGGCAUCGAUCGCCAGCCUGCAUGCCGCCGACGCCAGGAGAGUGUGUGCCCUCGUCGGGAGGAUUAGAGAUUUGGGUGGCCGGGAAUGGGAGGGAGAAGCCAGGCUUGAGGACUUACGUGCCAGGUACGAGGCAAAUAACGGGGCUGUGGGAGGGCGCAUGUUGAGUGACCCCGCGGUUUCGGGGCCAGGUAAGGCCGCACAAGAUCUCCAGGAGGCGGCGAGGACAGGCAUGCGUCUAAACGCUGUUGGGAAUGGCGACAACAGGUCAGGAGAAUCGGAGAGGUUACAAGGAAAAUCUCUCCGCAACAACAGCGCCAGCGCCUUCGAAGUAACCACGCUCCGAGAUAGGCUGGCGGCAAGCCAGGCGCAACACGUGGAGCUGGUCCGGGCGUCGGAGGCGGCGGUCGCCGGCUGCAACCAACGCUGCGACGCGCACAUCCGUGUGGUGCUUGCGGCAGGCAAGCUCACGGCGGCGUGCCUCCUGCGGCGCGGCGUUGUCGCAGGACGAGAGGCGACCGUGGAGGCCGCGGGCCGCUUGGAGCUAGCGAGACGGUGCUUCCGGGCUUUAAGGGAAGAGGCGCUGCGCGCAUCCCGCGACAGGAGUGUCCGGCGACAAGAGAGGUUGCAGCGGUGGAUCGGGGAAGCGUUCGAGGGGGCGGGGGAAGAGGUGGAAUCCAUGGCGACGAGGAAACGUUGCCAGCAACCGCGGCAGCAGCAGCAUCAACCACACCUUAAUGCGGGAGUGGUGGUAGGACAGGGGUAUUUUCGGUCUUCUUCUGAUGGAUGUCUGUCGUGGGAAGCCAGCCAGCCGCUGGUUUUGGGUUGA